AUGGAAUUUCGAGUCGGGGGAAAUUUAGGGUCAGAUACCUUGAAGAAGAAGCUACCUAUCAAAGUUAUAGACAAUAAUUUGAGUGGUCUAAGGGAAAUAGUGCAACAAAUGAAGAUUAUACAGAAGAAUGCUUUCAAGAAGCGGCAUGGGAACUUAUUGAGGUUGUUGAAUGUGGAAGUCCAAGCAUCGGCCGUCACUGCUCUGGCUCAAUAUUAUGAUCCGCCACUCAGAUGUUUCACCUUCCAGGAUUUUCAAUUGGCACCAACAAUAGAAGAGUUUGAACAAAUUUUGGGCUUGUCAGUGGAAGAUAAAGUCCCUUACAGACAUUCAGAGCAACAUGCAUCUAUCUCUACGUUGGCUGGAAUCUUGAAGGUACACCCUGUUGAGCUGGAGGGUAAAAUGGUCUCCAAGGGCAACUCGAAGGGGAUCCCUCAAGGAUAUUUAGAAGGGCAUCUACGUCGUUUGGCGGAAAAAGAAAUUGGGGAGACGUUCAUGGAUGUGUUGGCUCUCACACUUUAUGGAGUCAUACUCUUCCCUAACAUGGAGAAUUUUGUUGAUCAAACUGCCCUCGAUGUGUUUGUUGCCAACAAGAUUCAUUCAGAAAGUCCAGUCGCUGCGGUUCUAGCUGAUGUGUAUGGGAGUUUGAACCUAUGCCACACACUCAAGAGGAAGAAGAUGCUAUGCUGUGUACCUGUGUUGUAUGUGUGGUUUGUAUCUCGAAUCCGUCUAGGUACAUUGAAUGUUGAAUGUCUUAUUGGAGAGUUACCACCUAGCGGCAUUGAAAUUCGGGGGGCGAAGGAAUGGGCCCAGUUUUGUGCGAGUUUGAAUGGGGGAAGAAUUAGAUGGUGUGUCCCGGGGUUGCCAAAGUCACGUGUCAUUUCUUGUGGGAUUUUCCCUAACGUCCCCCUAAUAGGCACUAGAAGUUGCAUGAAUUAUAACCCUGUCUUGGCUCAACGACAAUUUGGGUGUCCGAUCAAGAGCUCCCCAACUCCAGAAUCUUUGGUUGUCGUUUGGACUUAUUAUGAAGAAGGAAUUUCCCUCGAUCUAAUUCGACGAAUUAGGAGUGCUUGGGGUGAGGUCCUGCGCGUAGAAAAGGACCUAAGGCCAUGGGUAACCGACGAGAAGAUAUCCUACCUGAGCGGUCAGAACCUGCUGAGUCCGAGGAAAUGA